CUCAACCGUCCCAAGCUGUGGCACGCAGAAAGCGCGCACUACCACCAUGAUCACUACAGUGACCCCCUUCGCCCCAAAUGCGACGGGGUGUUUGUCGACUGUUCAAGGGCAACAGAUUGCUGUCGCAUCGUACAUCAAUCCCCUAAGUGAUCCGGCCGCCUGGGACCGGCUGAUCGAUUACGAUGUGAGGAAAAUGCCUAUCUUGGUAGCCAACGUUUUAAACGGUCCGGAUUCGAUCGUUGACCCGAGCUGGCAAGGUGUGAUCGAGCGAGCCUCAUCUGCAGGCAAAACGGUUCUCGGCUAUGUGCGCACCGGAUACCUGGGCUUGAGUGACCAGAUCUUCCAGACGCGGCUGGGCUCGGGCAACCUGGCAGAUUGGACUGCUCAAAUUGAGGAAGAUGUUGAUAUGUGGUACAAGCUGUAUGGCGACAGCAUUGGCGGCAUAUUCUUCGAUGAAGGCUGGCCUGAAUGCGGCACCAACGAUGAAUACGUGGACUUGUACAAGUAUAUUAACGCCUAUACAAAGCGUGCUCACCCCGGCGCGUACACUGUCCUGAACCCUGGGUCGCCCAUGGCGUCUUGCUUCGAGGAUACCAUGGACACCCUCCUAACUUUCGAGCAGAGCUACGACUCUUACAUUGACAACUACACACCUAACGACUGGACUGCCAGAGAUCCGCGGAAGCUAUGGCACACCGUAUACAGCGUGCCCGAGUUUGCCAUUAGCGAAGUAGUCCAGUUAGCCAAAGAGCGCGGGGCGGGCUUCUUGCAGCUCACCGAUGACAUGUUGCCCAAUCCAUACGACACUCUUCCCACGGACUCGUACAUCCAAAGUAUGAUGGAUGGAAUUGACGGUGGCUCGCUGUCAAACGCGGGUGCAGUCGCUUGGGAAUCGGACGGCGCUGCGGGAGCCGUGACUGAACUGACAGUGAUGACCUCAGACUACAGUUCGGCGAAGUUAUCUUGGGCUGCGGCCUCGAAUGCUCAGGGAUAUCAUGUGUAUGCCAGUGGUAGUCUUGCUGCCAGCGUUCCCAGCUCGAUGACCGAAGUGACAAUCGGCAGUCUCGCAUCCGGAACCAGCUACACGUUCUACGUCAGUGCCGUAGGAGAGGGCGGCACACUGGGUUCGUCUUCGAACCAGGUUACCGUGACCACUAAACGACUACCGGGUGGGAGAACGGUAACAAAUUACAAGUCAUCUCCCCGGGAGAACUCGACGGUCAUUGAGGCUGAUGUGCUGGUGCCUUAUUCCUCCGUCCGCCUCUACAUCUGGCACUCGAUCGAGUGCGACUUCGACGAGGAUCCAGGUUGGGGUGUCAAUUUCAACGUGGACACCUACGUCUGCACCCACUAUAUGGUGGAUGGCACGGCUCUUUACCGCUACGACGGGUCCUGGGAGGUGAUCGACACCGUCACGCUCAAUAUCAGCGGCUACACUUACACGUGGACGCUACCCCUGGGCACGUCGGCUGUUGAUACGAGCAAGUUUGUGGUGCAGGCGCAGGGCUACAACCCCAUGAUUAACGCCUUCGAGCCAGACCCGUCCGACUAUGACUGCAAGGGCUCGUCCAUGUGUACCACCCCGGAGUUGUUGAAGUGGUGCGAUCACGCUGCGAAUGACUUGUAUCGAGACUAUGAGAUAAACUAUCAUUCGGCCGAGGUGAUUAAGUGAGUCAUCCAUCACAAUUAUAGCCAUUUUAACGCGAGUCCUGAUCUUAUAUCUCUAACUAGUGAUAGCGUCUACAGCAAUCAGAGUGGAAACUGCUGGGGCGAUCUGACCCAGGGUUGUGGUGUCUUCAUUCAAGGUCAAAGCUGCAGUAUCAGCGGGAACGAGAUGUGGAAUGCCUACCAGAAUAUCCGCAACAUCGGCGGCUGUAAGAAGUGCGGCUCGUACCAUCGGAAAGAUGGGUGCAGGGUGACCGUCGAUUAUGUCUAUCAAUGCGACAAUCAUCAAAAUCUACCAUGACCUUGCAAAGAGCGAAC